AUGCCAAGAAGUGGUGUAACACAGGUCCGAAGAGUCCGUUCUGAGCUUGAGGCUAAGCAGGACUUGGAGGAUUGCGACGCCGUAAAGCGCUUGCGGUGUUUUCAAAUCAGCGGCGGAUCGGCGACGCGGCCGCGACCGCAGCUUUACGAGCCCGCCGGAAUUGAAUGGCGGAACAUCACAGGCGGGACGUGUGCGUUAAUUCUAUCCCCGAGACCGACGCGCGAUGAUUCACGAGGUGGGCAACGCGUCCAGGAGGCCGCUUCACUGCGUCUUUUCUUCAUUUACGAAUUGCGCUUGCUCCGCAAGACUGAGGCGGCCAGUUUCGUG